AGUGCUCACCAGCGCCGAUCGGCACCGCCUCGAUAGUUUGCUCCCGUUUCGCUUCCAUUAUUGUUUUUUACAGUUCACGACCAUCCCCCGAUAUACCGCUACACGCAGUUCAUUUUUCAAUCCCCGCACAACCACCUAAACGCUUCGUUUCUCCCAAAUUUCUUUUUUUCACCAUGUCCAGCCAGUGGACCAACAUGGCGCAGAUCGGCGUCUGCAUCCCCGCCCAUCAUCACUACCCGACAUCUGCCGCGGAGGUGCAGCAGGUGAUCGCCUUUGUGCGGGCGUGCAACGGGAAGUGCCGCGUCGCCGGUGCCGGCAAGAGCCCCAACAGCUCCACCUUCACCAACGACCAUCUCCUUCACAUGAACCGCAUGAACAAAAUUGUGUCCAUUGACGCCGCCACCCGCCUCCUCACCUGCGAGGCGGGGGUGCUGAUGGAGGAUGUGAUGAACGCGCUGGACCGACACGGCCUGAUGCUCCGCUGUGUCCCUUCGUACGUGCAGACCACCGUGGGCGGCUGCAUCGCCACGGCGACACACAGCAGCGGCAUCACCUGCCGCUCCCUGUCUGACUACGUGCGGGCGCUGAAGGUCGUCGACGGCCGCGGUGAGCUGCACACCUUCGCGGCGGAGAAAAACGCAAAGGAGUUGCGCCUCGCCGCGUGCCACCUCGGGGCGCUGGGUGUCGUGACGGAGAUUACGCUGGAGGUGCAGCCGCGGGUGCAGUGGAGGCUCGCGAGCAACCCCCUCUCGAUGGCCGACGCAACCGACGCGGCGCUCGUCGCGAGAAAGGUGCGGGAGAACGAGUACUACCGUUGGUGGUGGGUGCCCCACACGGAGGGCUGCUACGAGUCCUGCGGCAACCCCGACGGCGAGGCGACGGACCGGCCGGCUGCGAUUUCAACUGCGAUGGAGAAAGCAGCGGCAGAGGAAAAGGAGGCGGACCCGCCAACGCGCGUCACGCCGAAGCGUCCGUUGAAGUAUGAGGAGGCACCGGUAGGGGGCGGACUUCGCGCGCAGCACCCCGACGUCUCCAAGCCGAGGAUCGCUGCGGUCGAUGCCAGCCCUGCCGCUGCCGAAAGCGACAACCGCCGCAGCAGCUCUGUUUUGGACCCAGCGGUGGCGACCGUGUCGGCGUUGACGAAUUGGGUAACGAACGAGCUGAUCCGGCAUCAGUUGGUGGAGUGGAGUCUUUGGGUGGCCUGCCGCUACCCUUCUCUGCAGCCGCACAUCAACCGCACCUAUCAGAAGAUGUUCUACACCACGCCGGCAGUGCAGCGGGGGUCGGCGCUGCAGUGCUUCACCUUUGACUGCCUCUUCCGGCAGUGGGCAAACGAAUGGGCCAUCGAUGCCAGCCGCGCCGUCGAGGCGUUCCAGAAGUUGCGUGCCAUGAUUGAGCGGGAGAAGAUGCUGCUUCACUUCCCUGUGGAGUUCCGCUUUACGGCCGCGGACGACUCGGACAUGUCGCCCGCCGUCGGUCGCCCCACGUGUUGGAUCGGCGUCGUGAUGUACCGCCCGCGCGGGCAGGAGGCGCGUGACACCCGCCGCGUCUACGACGGCUUCAACAAACUGAUGGAGGAGAUGGAGGGGCGGCCGCACUGGGCCAAGUACUACGACUGGGGCCAUCGCGAGAUGUCCGCGGCGUACGGCAGCCACUGGGACCGCUUCUUGGAGCUGCGUCGCAAGAUGGACCCCGACAGCCUAUUUGUGAAUGAGUGGUUCAGCCAUUUGAUGUCGCCGGACCGCGUGAACAGCACGGAUUUCAAGGGAAACUGA